ACUGUUGAUGAAAAAUAUUUUAUUAUUUUAAAUCCGACGCGUAUAACUCGGAGAAAAUUUCUAUAUUGCAUGAAUGGUUAAACAUUUUAUAAGCUUUUCGGUUUUCUGAAGGUUAUUUGAACGUGUUAUGAGUCCUUUCGCCAUUUUUCGGAUGUGUGAAAUACUUUGGUUAAUUUCGUAAGCGUUCAAACAAUCUAAGCUAUAAAAAUGGAAAACCAAAUGUUAGUUAAUUUUAUGCAUGAUAUUGAAGAAAACUUUCAUAUAUGCCACCUGUGCAAUAAAUCAUUUCCGAAAAAGAAUUUUUUAGAAAUACACAUGCUUGUCCACUGCUCAGAGAAGGCUUAUUUGUAUGAUGUAUGUAAGAAGUCGUUUACUCAAAAGGUCAGCUUACAAAAAGAUAUGCAAAUUCAUACUGGGACAGCAUCUUAUAUAUGUUAUGUGUGUAAGAAAUUGUUUACUGAAAAGUAUCUAUUGGACCUACACAUGCGUAUCCACAAAAGGCCUUAUGUUUGUAAUAUAUGCCAAAAAUCAUACACACAAAAGCGUCAUUUACAACAACAUAUGUAUAUUCAUUCAGGAAAUAAACCUCAUGUGUGUGAUGUAUGCAGCAAGCCGUUUGCUCAGAAGAGUAAUUUACUGCUUCAUAUGCGCAUCCACACGGGACAGAAACCUUGCAUUUGUGAUGUAUGUCAUAAAUCAUUUGCACGAAGGACCAGUCUGAGAGCGCAUCUGCAUCUUCACACUGGAGAGAAACCUUUUGUGUGUGACGUAUGUUGUAAAUCAUUUACUACAAAGCAUAAUUUACAAAUGCACAUGUGUACUCACACGGGAGAGAAGCGUCACAAAUGCAGUAUUUGUGAAAAGACAUUUAUAGAGAUGAGUUCUUUAAAAAAGCAUAUACGAACUCAUACAGGAGAAAAACCUCAUACGUGUGAUAUGUGUAGUAAAUCAUUUACAAGAAAGGCUGGUUUAGUAAGGCAUAUACGUAUCCAUACGGGAGAAAAACCUUUUGUAUGUGACAUAUGCUACAAGUCAUUUACUGCUAAGUAUCACUUGCAAAUUCAUAUGUGUAUCCAUACAGGGGAAAAACAUCAUACAUGUGAUAUAUGUAAGAAGUCCUUCAUAGAGAAGGCUGCUUUAAGGAAGCAUGUACGAAUCCACACAGGAGAAAAACCUUAUACAUGCGAUAUAUGCAAUAAGUCUUUUACACAGCAGUCUAGUUUAGGAACACACAAGCGUAUUCACACAGGAGAGAAAUUUUACGAAUGUGACUUAUGCAUCAAGUCAUUUAAGCAGAAAGUUAGUUUACUGAAGCAUAAGCAAAUACAUGCAGAGGAUGAAUCUUUUGUGUAUAAUACAUAAAUUUGGUGAAUCAGAAAAUACUUUUCUAACCAUAACAUGCACCUUUUUGGCUGAAUUGAUGCAUUUUGGCUUGACAUUAGAUGUUUUAUCCUGAAGGACACAUAUUUGCUCCCCUUUGUGUAAAGUAUCUGCUAGUAAUUUCUUUCAAUUAGUGUAUUUCUCUUGAUCCAUGAAACUCAACAAAACAAAUAUAUGAAAAAAAGUAGUUAAUUGCUGUUUAAAUAACUAAAUAUGCAAAAUGAAAUAAAAAAAAUAAUAGUAAUUAAUAAACAGUAAGCAAAAAUUUGAUAUAUCAAAAACUUUAUUUUCAUACAAUGCAAAUAAGGAAUCAGGGUGAGAAUAGAUAUUUGUCUAGUGGUAGCUUAUCGCGGAUUCAGCUUGCAGAAAACAGGCUGGAUGUUUAAGUUUUGUGCCUCUUCCAUGUCGAACAUGACUGCAGGCUAAUUAUUGUCAGAAACUUCUCCAUAAAGCUUGUAGCCCUUGCUUGCUUUGUCAUAGGCAAUUAACCUACUGAACAAAAAUGAAAAUUAUGUAGUGUAAAAAUACUUUAAAAUAUAAGAUAUUGCAAAAAUCGAUUCCUCGCAAGGUCUUGAGAAAAUUUUUUAAAUAUCUCGAGAUCGCCGCAGACAGGAAAAAUAAAGGCAUAAGGAUGCGUUAUGAAUGAGAAGUGCAAAAGAAUUUUCACAAAUGGGUACUUUAAGUAGAAUUAUGAAAGAAUUCAGUGCAUACUGUAAUAUACUUCAAGAAUACCGAAAGAAAAGUAUAUUUCUUUUUAUUAUAUUAAAAAGUACUUUGUAUAUAGAUUGAAGAAUUAAUGUAAAAGGAAACUUAAAAUCAUAGUGACUUUCUAUUAAGUAAUAAAAAAUUAUAUCGUGGACUUGAAGAAAAAAGUAGUCUGCAAUGUAGGGUACACAGUGACUCAUUUUCACAAGAUGCCAUUUACUGAUUCAUAUAUCUGUGUGAACUCUCCAUGUGUUAUGUAACAAAUUAUGCAUACAGCACCAUUAUUUACCACUGCACAUUUGUAGUUAUUGAUAUAUGUAAAUAGUAAUUUACCACUAAUUCUUAACAGUAGCAAAUAAGUAUAGCUGUAUUUACAUAUAUUUUUCACCUUAUAUGUUGCAGUAUAAUAAAUAACCUAAUAAAUUGUUUAAUGCUGUUAUUUAUAUAGACUGGAUAUAUUAUUAUUUAUGUAAAUUAUAUGCCAAUAAUAAGGUUCUGUA